UGACCAGAUGGCAGCUUGAUCACAAGUCACCAGAGCUCACAGACGGGUUCCCCAUAUUUCCGCUAUUGUUAUUUGAUAAUAGCGGGCUAAUAACAGUUUUUCGAAACGUUUGGAGGAGCGAGUCUGUUUGUGAAGCGCGAUUCGCACGUGCGUGUGUUUAAUUAGCGCGUGCGUGCGCGCUUGCGCGAGCGCUGCGCUCGGCGCUCUCCGGCAGUCGCGUCUCGUCCGCUCGCGUGCAGGUGUCACAUUCCUCGGAUGCUCGCGAUCAUUUGAACCCGGGACCCCACCAUCAUGACGGAGCCCUCUUCUGCUGCCGACCCCACCGCCGGUCCCGCAGACCCCGGUCCUGAUCCCGGACCCGCCUCUGUUCCGGAUCCAGCGGUGUUGGGUUCAGCAUCGACUCCUGCGAACGGGCACCAUCCGAGCCAAGCAGACACUUUCAACAUGGAGCAGCAGAUGAAAAUGGGAGAGACGGACGACAACGGGCUCCUGGAGAGCAGCAUGCGUCUGAAACCCCACGAGGCUCAGAGUUACAGAAAAAAGGCAUUAUGGGUAUCGUGGGUCUCCAUUGUGGUGACGAUGAUCUUAGCCAUCGCUGCGUUCACUGUUUCUAUAAUGCGGCAUAGUGCAUCAGCGUUUGGAUUUGCCUUUGAUGCCACUCUAGACGUCCUGUCCUCCAUCAUCGUGCUUUGGCGAUACAGUAACGCGGCGGCGGUGCAUUCAGCACACCGAGAAUACAUAGCAUGUGUCAUCCUCGGGGUCGUGUUCAUCUUGUCGGCCAUCACCAUCUUGGUCAAAGCGAUCCAUGACCUCGCCACAAAACUGCAACCAGAAGUGGAUGACUUCCUGUACAGCGUCUCAGUUAUCAGCGGGAUUGUGUGCGCUAUUCUGUCCGUCUUUAAGUUCAUGCUGGGGAAAGUCCUCACCAGCAGAGCCCUCAUCACCGACGGUUUCAACUCUCUAGUGGGCGCCGUCAUGGGCUUCUCCAUCCUCGUCAGCGCAGAGGUGUUCAAACACGAGCCUAAAGUCUGGUACCUGGACGGGACCGUCGGGGUCCUGAUCGGACUGAUCAUCCUCGCCUACGGAGUCAAGCUGCUGAAGGACAUGGUGCCCCGCGUCAGGCAGACGAGACAUUACGAGCGCUUCGAGUAGACGGAAACACUCCUGUGGAGAUCCUCCUGAGAGGAAAACACAACACAACACACACACACACUUUACCUGCCUCAGGGCAAACGCAGCCACAACCCCUACCCCUGUAAAUAUGGACCCGAAAGGGAAAACCGAGAAUUCAUUAAGUAAAAUGUGUAUAACCGUAUCGUUCGAUUCGAAAACUGAGAUUCGUCGCGUCGAGUAAUAUGGAUAUGGACGGUGAGAGAUGUUUUUUUUUUUAUUGUUUUUUUAGGUAUUUGCAAAUAUAAAUGUCCAGGUUAGGAGGGAAGAGGUUCAUCAGGUGAGUGUCAUUCUUGAGUUCGAAACGUUCUAAACGUUCCCAAAAUCAUCUGUGGAAAAAGAACUCGCGCACGAGACUCGAAUUACACACGAGCACAAACCAUCCCAAAUAUCGGAAUAUCAAGUGAAUAAACUAAGAGGUGCUGAAACUGUGUUUUAUUUUAUUUUGUGGACGCCGUGUUCUUAAAGAGGGCCUACGUCGAAACUCAUAUUAUUGAACGCCGCCAUUGAGCCGCUUCGUUCGCUGGACCCAAACGAUGCGAUCGCGUGAUUUUCGUCCAAGUCCGCUUGGCCCGCGGCUUUCGGCGAAACGUGUAUUUAUUAAACGUGACGAAGCCUUAAAACUCGACCCUUCAUGAUGUGAAGCUGUUUGUUCGUAAGUGUUAAGACUGUUGUGAGAUCCGCCGCGAGGCUCGGCCGUUUUCAACGCCGAGUUUCCGAGCGUUUUAUGUAGCAGAUCUAUCGUAGCUCCGCGGAGCAGGCCGUGCCGUUCAGCGGCGGAAAGCGACGUUUGUGCUUUUUUUUGGAGAAGUGUAUGACUGUUUUUUUUUGCGGGCGAAUUCAACGCUCUGUUCUUAAUUGACAAACCUAGACCCUCGACGGAGGGGACUAGACACGAGCACGCGCCCCCGAGGAAAACCACGCUCAGACGUGCGCUUAGGACUUAAAAGUGCUUUCUUGGACCCGAACGGGUUUGGAGAAAUUCGAUCAUUUAAAAGUGAAUGGGUGCCGUCGGAAUUAAAGCCUAAACGGCUCACAAAGACAAAGAAGCUCAUAAAUGAAGUCAAAAGCUGCGUGCUUUUUAAGAAGCAAGCCCAUCGUUAAACAUCCGAGAAACAUGGGCAGCUUUUAAAGGGACAGCAGUCCAAUAUUUUAGCAGCAUUUCUGUCAUUAAUUUGUUCUACAGUAGUUUUUUUGUUGUAUUUCUUAGUUUUAUUCUUAUUUAAUCGCUUGCGGUUUACAUGCUUUGUGUGCUUGAGUUUUAUUAUUAUUAUUAUUUUUUUAUUUAUGCUAGUAUUAGUGUUUUUGUGAUAUUGAUGCUAGUUGAGGAAUCAGAAAUUUCUAUGCUAUCAAAAUUUUGAUACCAUAAAGACCUAUAAAUAUAUAUAACUAUAGUGCUAUAUAUAUAUAUAUAUAUAUAUAUAUAUAUAUAUAUAUAUAUAUAUGUUACCGUGAUGUAAAACCCCCGAAGAAGUCUGUGUCCUGUUGUGUUUUCACACCAAAACAAUUGUGCAAAACAUUUUUAUUCGUAAUCAGUGCAUAUUUCCCUCAUUUUUGCUUUACAAUAGAUGAAUCGACGGAGUGGUGCGUGUUAUUGUGAUGCAUUUAUCAGCUGUUCGGGCUCUCAAUCUGACGGCACCCAUUCGCUUCAAUGGAUGCAUAAGUGAUUUAAUGCUAUAUUUAAAAAAAAACAAAACAAAAAACAUAUUGGACAGCCUAAGGAUGAGUGCAUUUAAAUUUUUAGGCGAGCUAUUCAUUCGAAAACCGAUGCUCGGAAAUAUUAUUUAAAGCCAUUAUUUAACUGAAUUGGUACAAAUGCGCAGAAGUACAAAUGCUGACAAAAGCCGAUGUAAGUCCACGUCGGGCUGAAUGUCGUAAGAUACAUGAAUGUAUAUAUAUAUACAACUAUGUUGCCGUGGAGUACACAUGUAUAUUUACACAGAAAUGUCUGUUGUCACAGAAAAAUGUUUAUUUGAAAAAUAAAGAUAUAUCCUACCGAUUCCUCAAAAUUACUGAAAAACAAA